UUAUCAAGUGGGCUAUCGAUGGAUGGGCUUUGGCAAACAAGGAUUUCAAUGUCAAGUUUGCUCGUAUGUUGUGCACAAGCGCUGUCAUGAGUACGUCACAUUCAUAUGCCCGGGCAAGGAUAAAGGAAUCGAUUCCGAUUCACCACAAACCGUGCAUCAUUUCGAACCAUUCACAUUUGGUGGGCCAACUUUUUGCGACCACUGUGGCUCGCUACUCUACGGCAUCUAUCAUCAGGGUCUCAAAUGCUCAGCAUGCGACAUGAAUGUUCAUGCCCGAUGCAAGGAGAAUGUGCCGAGCUUAUGCGGUUGCGAUCAUACCGAACGACGAGGGCGCAUCAAUUUGGAGUUGAAUGUGAAGGAGAAUUUGUUGACGGUGCAAAUCAAAGAAGGCCGCAAUCUCAUUCCAAUGGAUCCAAAUGGUCUCAGCGAUCCAUAUGUCAAAGUCAAACUAAUUCCAGAUGAGCACGAAAAGUCAAAGAAAAAGACGCGCACCAUUAAGGCAUGUCUGAAUCCUGUGUGGAACGAGACCAUCAAAUAUGAUCUCAAACCAGAAGACAAAGAUCGUCGUGUACUGAUCGAGGUGUGGGAUUGGGAUCGUACAUCGCGCAAUGAUUUUAUGGGCGCGUUAUCCUUUGGCAUAUCCGAAAUUAUUAAGCUUCGUAGCGAGAAUCAUGCCGAGGUAUUUGACUUCGGUAAAAAGUUUGAGCUGAACUACAUUCAAAGAGGCUUCUACGCCGCUGAAAUUGCCGCCGGCCUCUUUUUUCUACACAGCAAAGGCAUUUUGUAUCGUGAUUUGAAAUUGGACAAUGUCCUAUUGGAUGCGGAUGGUCAUGUUAAAAUUGCCGACUUUGGCAUGUGCAAGGAGAAUAUUAUUGGCGAUAAGACAACAAAGACAUUUUGCGGCACACCCGACUACAUAGCACCCGAGAUCAUCCUGUAUCAGCCCUAUGGUAAAUCGGUUGAUUGGUGGGCCUAUGGCGUUUUACUUUACGAAAUGCUCGUCGGUCAGCCGCCUUUCGAUGGUGAAGAUGAAGAGGAAUUGUUUGCUGCCAUCACCGAUCACAAUGUCUCCUAUCCGAAGAGUCUGAGCAAGGAGGCAAAGGAGGCGUGCAAAGGGUUCCUCACCAAACAGCCUACCAAACGGCUUGGCUGUGGGCCCACCGGUGAAGCGGAUGUGCGCAUUCAUCCAUUCUUCCGACGAAUCGAUUGGGAGAAAAUUGAGAAUCGUGAAGUGCAGCCACCAUUUAAGCCGAAGAUUAAACAUCGUAAGGAUGUCUCGAACUUCGAUAAGCAAUUCACGUCGGAGAAAACGAAUCUGACACCAACGGAUAAAGUAUUCAUGAUGAAUUUGGAUCAAACGGAAUUUGUUGGCUUCUCCUACGUGAAUCCGGACUAUGCAAUGCCUGUUUAAGUACAGUUAAAAUAAACAAACAUGCAUGCCAGCACUUGGUAAGCGCAGCAGCGUGGGAGUGGCACAGGAACUGAUAGAUGAAGGGUACAAGAGAGAAAGAGAGGUACGGAACGCCGUGUGAAAGAGGCAAAGAAGGGAAGCAGAAAAUGAAGCGUCUAGUUGCUGCGAUGUUGUUGAAUGUGUGAGUGUUGGUAAAGAUGGUUUUUUUUCAACCGCACUAUGCGAACGUGUGAACAGCGUGCCAUUAUAAACAUUUUCAGAAUAAUUUCCCAAAAAAAAGCGAAGAAGCACACACACGCGCACAUACUCUCAGGAGAGAUGCAUACUUGCAGGCGUGUGUGUGUUUGUGUGAAUAUUGAGUAGUUCAUAAAUUUUUGCGCAAUUUAAAGCGUCAUUGCAGGAAAUUUGGAAAUUCAUACUGCAAAUGGAAAAUUUGAGAAAAAAAUGUGAAAUGCAAAUUUUUUUCAAACGUUUUUAGUCCUUUUUUUCUGUUUUUCUGCUUUAAG